AUGGCUUCAUCUCCUAUGGGUGAACAUGGCACCUUCAAACCUGCACCGGGACCACAGUCUCAGAACAAGCCGGGAUUGGAGAGCAAAAUGAUAAAUCCCAGUGAGUCGACCAAACUGGAAGGCCUUCACGGCUUCUCGGAAUAUAUGGGUUCCGGGAAAUUGAAGGGCAAAAAUGCUCUUAUCACUGGCGGGGAUUCUGGGAUUGGAAGAUCAGUUGCUAUUCUGAUGGCUAGAGAGGGCGCGGAUAUCACUAUCGUUUAUUUGCCCUCAGAACAGCUUGACGCAGAGACAACCAGAAAGUCUAUUGAGCAAGAGAAGAGGAGUUGCCUUCUCAUCCCAGCCGAUUUGAGAGAUCGCAAAUUGUGCCAGCACGCAGUGGAUGAACAUGUGAAGAAAUACGGCACGGUCAAUAUACUUGUCAACAAUGCGUCGGCACAGUACCUAUGUACGGAAUUUGAGAACACAGAUCUGGAUAAGACUGAAGACAUCUUCAAAACCAAUAUCAUCCAGAUGAUUGCGAUGACGAAGUUUAGUCUUCCUCAUAUGGCACGAGGUGAUUCGAUCAUCAAUACUUCUUCUAUCGUGACUUUUCGUGGCUCGAAAACCAUGAUUGAUUAUGCCGCAACCAAGGGAGCUGUUAUCGGUUUUACUAGGUCUUUAGCACAAUCCUUGAUUCCAAAGGGUAUUCGGGUCAAUGCAGUCGCUCCAGGUGCAAUUUAUACACCAAUUCAAGUUGACACUCGAGAUGCCCAACAGAUGGAAGGAUGGGGUGGCGGGGCUAGCAUUGGACGACCAGGUGAGCCUAGUGAGGUUGCAACAAGCUUCGUCUUCUUGGCCAGUGCGGACGCCUCUCUAUACUGUGAGUGA